AUGGCGAAAUCGUCUUACACCUUGCUGUUCGGCGCACUGGUCGUGCUCGCGCUUCUAGCGAGCCCCAUUGCUUGCACCCGCAAGCUCGCCAAGCCAAACAAGCACAGGCGGCCGACGCACAAGCCGGGAGUCAGGGCCCGUAGCAACCACACCGCUACCCCCUCGGCGUCCGAUGCACGCGGCGAUGCCUACGGCUCCGGCGGCUGGUUGUCUGCCGGCGCGACGUACUACGGCGCGCCCAACGGCGACGGCAGUGACGGCGGCGCGUGCGGCUACCAGACCGCCGUCGGGCAGCGUCCCUUCUCGUCGAUGAUCGCCGCCGGGAGCCCGUCUCUGUUCAAGGGAGGAAAAGGAUGCGGCGCCUGCUACGAGGUUAAAUGCAACAGCAACACGGCGUGCUCCGGUCAGCCGGCGACCGUGGUCAUCACCGACGAGUGCCCCGGUGGGGUCUGCCUCGCCGAGGCAGCUCACUUCGACAUGAGCGGCACCUCCAUGGGCGCCAUGGCGAAGCCCGGCAUGGCCGACAGGCUUCGCGCUGCCGGAAUCCUCAAGGUCCAGUACAAGAGGGUGCCGUGCAAGUACAGCGGCGUGAACAUCGCCUUCCGGGUGGACCAAGGCUCCAACCCCUUCUACUUCGAGGUGCUGAUCGAGUUCGAGGACGGUGAUGGCGACCUCAGCGCCGUCGACCUCAUGGAAGCCGGGUGCGGCACUUGGACCCCGAUGGUGCAGAAUUGGGGCGCGCUGUGGCGCUACAACUCCAACACCGGCAAGGCGCUGAAGGCGCCCUUCUCGAUCCGGCUCACCUCCGACUCCGGCAAGGUGCUCGUCGCCAACAACGUCAUCCCCGCCGGCUGGAAGGCCGGAGCCACGUACCGCUCCUUGGUGAACUACUCCUGAACUGCAACAGGAGAUUAUAUUUUGUUACGGCUCACGGCAAUUCGAGGUAGUUCCUAAUGUGUGUCCGGGUGUUUGAGAGAGGCGCGGUGUCAGAUGAGGAGGAGAAGCCGGUCUAAGAAUCGUGUUCUUUCCCUCCCUCCACGAUCUCUACGCAGUCCCCUCGUGACGCAUGCAGUCGCUGUGUCUAUUUAUCUGUGAUUUUAUUUUUUCCCCUUUUCUUCCUCUCGGUGUGAUGUUGAGGGGAGAAGAAUAGCUUAAGCUGCGACUAAAGUUGCAUUAUGGUGUAUCCGCUAUGAAAUUGUGUGAAUGUUUUUGUACCACGCAAAUACGCAAUCCUUAUGGAGAAAUGAUUACUAUUAUUUCAUCGCAACUUCA